AUGGCUAGCAGGUAUGCGUCUCGUUAUUACUCGUCCUCGGAAGACGAAGAAGAAGAAGUAGAAGUGGCUCAGGUUGAGAAUCCUUACAACAGAGAGCCGGUAAUGGAGCCUCCACGAAUCAUCAGAAAACAAGCCACUGAAGAUCGCGAUUCCAGCGACGAGGAAAAGGAGGAAGAAGAAGAGGAAGACGAAAAUUCAACUGAGUCACGAGGUCGCCAAAUCCAACAAGAGCAAGAGGAAAAAGCAGAGGAAGAGGAGGAUGAGAGCGAGGAAGACAUCGCUCUGGACGAACUUGAUGUAAAUCCAGAGCCGCCAAAAGGACUCAAUAUUCCAACAAUGGGGCGAGGAAUGAGCAGAAGCAUGUCUUCUCAAUCCAACGUCAAAUCUCAAGCGGGAAUGGACAUCUCGGACAUAACAAGAAAAAAGGCCGAAAAGGAUCUUUGCGAUUUACAGGAAAUGAUCAACCGGCAUUUCGAGCAGCGAAAACAGGAAGAAAUUGAACUCAACAACCUAAAGGAGCGAAUUGAGAAACGGAAAGAAAUGCGGGCAAAACAGCUGAUUGAGCGGCAAAAGAAAGAAAAAGAACGUCAGGAGCGAGAAAAGAACGAAAAAGAAGCGCGAGAGCGAGCAAUCAGGGAAAAACACGAAGCCGAAGAAGCUCGCAAAAAGGAGCUCAUGGCGUCAAUGGCCAUGCUCAACACUCACAUGGAUCGCAGACGCCAGGGCAAAAGAACAACUGCGCGCGAUGCCAAGCGAAAAGCUCUGGCUGAGCGUCGAAAGCCGCUGAACAUUGAUCAUUUGAACAAGGAAAAACUGAUGGAAAAGUGCAAAGAGAUGUACAACUGGGUCCGCCAGCUGGAGGAAGACCGCUACGACCUGACCGUCAAGGCGGAAAACGACAAGUACACUCUGAACACCCUGCGACACCGAGUCAACGAUUUGAUGAUCAGCUCUGGAAAAGCAAAACACAGAGUUGGAAAGAUCAAGAUUCGAUAA